AUGUUGUUUAGGUACUUGCGAAAACCUAUUCCUCAGGAUCUCCUGACUUCUCCGGAGGCAUUGCGCUACUUUGAGUAUGGCAUGUUCUGGAUGGGCUUGAUGGCUCCGCCAAGGAACCAGUUGCUAUACCACAUUAUAUCUGCCAUGCUGAUGGCCUGGUGCCUUGUCUAUCUGCCCAUUGGAAUCAUCAUCACGUGUGUCAAGGACAUCAAUACCUUUAAUCCCAGCGAACUCCUGACGGUUCUACAGCUCUUUUUCAACUCGCUAGGCACCCCCAUCAAGGUUUUAUUCUUCAAGAUGCAUUUUUGGCGAUUUCUUAAAGCCCGUAGUCUGCUUAGCGAAAUGGACAAACGAUGCACUGAUAUUGGCGAACGUUUUGUGGUCCAUCGCUGGGUGGUUCACUGCAACAGGGCCUACCUCAUCUAUCAGUGCAUCUAUAUUUGCUACAUUAUAUUCACCUUUCUAUCGGCCACCAUUUCGGGAGUUCCGCCAUGGCGCAUCUAUAAUCCAUUUGUGGAUUGGCGCGAAAGUAGAUCGAACUUCUGGAAGGCAAUCCUCAAUGAGACCUUGCUCAUGCUGUUCUCCGUCUCACAAACUCUGUUGACCGAUAUAUAUGCGCUUAUUUAUGGUUUCAUGCUGAGAGCCCAUAUCAAUCUACUAAAAGACAGGGUCGAAAAACUGUGCACGAAUCCCGAGAGGAAAGAUGAAGAAAAUCAGGAAGAUUUGGUUGAAUGUAUCAAAGAUCACCAAUUGAUCCAAGAAUUUGCCAAGAUGAUACAUCCAGUCAUCGCCCGCACUAUCUUCACGCAGUUCCUUUUAAUAGGCAUUUGUUUGGGCUUGUCCAUAAUAAAUCUGCUCUUUUUUGCAGACUUUUUUACUGGCUUGGCAACAGUUGUUUAUAUCAAUGGCCUGAUGAUCCAAACUUUUCCGUUCUGUUUCGUUUGCGAUCUCAUCAAGUCGGAUUGUGCGCAUCUUGAGAUGGCAAUAUUUCACUCCAAUUGGCUCAACGCCAGCAAAACAUACAAAUUAUCACUCAUAUUCUUCUUGCAUAACUCCCAAAACUCGAUUGCCUUUACAGCUGGCUCAAUUUUUCCUAUAUCUACCAGCUCAAAUAUUCAGGUCGCUAAGUUGGCAUUUUCGGUAGUUACUUUUGUCAAUCAACUAAACAUUGCUGAGCGAUUGACAAAAAAUUAG